AUGAAAAUAGAUUGGUUGGUUGGUGAUUCUGCUAAGGUCAUGAGACCUCCACUGAAUAAUGGUGGUGGUGGUGGUGGUGGUGAAGUCGCUCAAGAUGUUGAGUCCUGCAGUGUUAGCGGCAAAGUCUGCCUCCAUCAGUACCGUGAGGAUACUUCUGCCCUUCAACAUGUUUCUACUUCUGCUGCUCCCAACUCUCUGCUUUGGGCAUCCGAGGGUAGCGACACCACUCCCAGUCUUCUUGAAACUCUCUGCCUUUCCCAAGGAAAACUUCUCCACGAUGGCGACUGUUACACACCGUUGGAAACAGGCCCCUGUUCGGAACACGAGUGGUUCGUAAUGAACAGUGACGCAUCCGCAGAAGGUUAUUGCUCUUCUCGACCUUGCGCAGCAGAAGAAGUGACCUUUCAGACUCACUGCUUGACUCAGGCUGACGCGCGAGCGCGCCUGUGCCAGGGAGACGCCGUGCACCUGGGGCCAGCCGGGCGGCCCCGCUGCGGGCCGCACCCGGGAUGGCCGGCGCUGCUUGCAGCACAUGUACAGUGCUCCUUGUCGCUGCAACGGAAGCCCUUGUCGUCGCCAUCGCUGUCCCUGUCCCUGUCGACUCCUUCGGAGCCGAACGGUCGGGUUGUUCACAGUUCAGGGCAUAACUGUGGAGCUAACGACGAAAACGAAUGCGUGUUAGAGGUUAGAGGCUCCUCUGCCGCACCAGAAUUAGAAGCUGAAACUUAA